UAAAACGACGCAAAACCUGGACAAAACCGAAUUCACCUGUAUUUCGGUGGCUAUUUCUCGUUCCACUAACCCAUUUAUUCCGUUAUCCUUACCAGCUUUGGAGGUUCGGAGGACGUAGAUUUUAGCUCUUUUCACGGAGCCCAGGGAUGUGACCAGGCAUCCGCUUUCGGCGGCGACUUUAACAUUGGCCACUCUUGCUUCACCCAUUACGGCAGCUGUCCCGACGAAAUGAGCGACAGGAUAGGACGUGGAAGGGGUCGACCCAGCGCUAGAGUCAACUCCACUGCCAGUAGGAUUCCCCGGUCCGCCCAGAGUCCUCGCCAAACGCCCGUAGUUCACUCACCCAAGCCAAACUACUCAUUUCGACCAGUUUUCCAUGAGAGGAGCAAUCACGAGGAUAACCAAGUUCUUAACCAGCAGCUAUGGAAACUUGCCCGAAAAACGGGCACCCUGAAUCUUUCCAACAAAGGAUUGGCCAGAGUGCCCGAACGACUCUACGACAUCAACGAAGCAGAUGCGGAUAGCAAGGCUGUAAAUCUGGAGCAGCUGUCGAUAAAAGAGGAGGAUGCCUGGUGGAACCAAGUGCCAUUAAACAACCUCGACCUCAGCUCCAACACCUUAACGCACAUAUCGCCGAAGAUCGAAAAUCUGCAGUCCCUGACCGUGCUCACACUGCAUGAUAAUGCUUUAGUGGAGCUACCUCCGGAAAUUGGGAAGCUGGAAAAGCUUAUGCGUCUGAAUGUUAGCCACAACAAGAUCAGCGAGCUACCCCGUGAGAUCUAUAGCUUACCAGAGCUGCGACAUCUUAACAUCUCGUACAAUGAGUUCAAAGAAAUCGAUCCAGACAUUAGUGACCUUCACAUGCUUGAAUUUCUGGAUGGCGGGCAUAACAAUAUUCAAUCCCUGCCCGGCGGCAUUGGGUUCCUGGUGCGUCUAACUGCGCUCUUGUUGCCCUAUAAUCACAUCAAGGAACUGCCGCCCGAUCUUGUUAACAUGCGCUCUUUACAAAAAAUUGAUCUGAUGCAAAAUGAUUUGACCUGCCUGCCGGAAGAUAUGGGUCUGCUGCGGAAGCUAGAGUGCCUUUAUCUGCAGCAUAAUGAUAUUCAGGAACUGCCUGAUUUCGAAGGGAACGAGACACUGAACGAGCUUCAUGCCAGCAAUAAUUAUAUAAAGAUUAUACCGAAGGCUAUGUGUAGCAACUUGCCCCACCUGAAAAUACUCGAUCUGCGAGAUAACAAGAUCACAGAAUUACCCGACGAGCUGUGCCUGCUGCGGAAUUUGAAUCGCUUGGAUGUGUCCAACAAUACGAUUAGCGUGCUGCCAGUCACCUUGUCAUCGUUGGCCCACUUGAUCAGCCUACAGGUUGAGGGAAAUCCCAUAAAGAUGAUCAGACGCGACAUACUGCAAUGUGGAACGUCGAGAAUUUUGAAGACGCUGCACGAGAGAGCGCUAGCCAAGUCCAGGGAGGAGGGAGGUGGAUCCGAUGGUGCCUUCUCAUCAGCGGGCAUCAGUGUUACCCGAUUGCGUGGUGGAGAAUCGGACUCCGGAGAAAUGCCUGGAAACUUUCCGGAUAGUAGCUAUCCCCCACAACAUCAACAGCAAGAUCUUGGACACGAAUGCCAAUUUUCAUAUCCAUGCCAGCAGCAAAUGCAGCAGAACUUUUGUGUAUAUGAGCCGCUAAGGAAUUGCCCGGAGUAUAAUCCCCAGACCCAGGGCCAAAUAUAUGAACCUGAGAGCUACCAGCAGCAGCAUCAAAAUGGCAAUAUCCGAUCUCUUUUCGUUCAGCAGCAGCAGCAGCGACUAGAAAAUCCAUUUCCCAAAUGCUUUAUGUAUCAGCAACAGCAGCAACAGCAACAGUUUUUCCAUGGGCAGAAUGAAUCCUCUCGCUUAGCAGUGCAUCCACGUUGGGUAUACAAAUUGCGUCAUACACGUACAUUAGCUGUCAAUCUGGAGGAACUAACUGAAGUUCCCGAUCAGGUGUUCCAGAUAGCCAGAGAUGAAGGAGUCCAUGUGGUGGACUUUGCGCGCAAUCAGCUGAGUACCUUGCCCAAUGGACUGCAACAUAUGAAAGAUCUGGUUACGGAGCUUGUUGUGUCCAACAAUCUCAUCGGAUAUGUGCCACAGUUUAUCUCUCAGUUUACACGUAUUUCGUUUUUGAACUUGUCUAACAAUCUGUUGAAUGACCUGCCCAAAGAGUUCGGUGUCUUGAACACUCUGCGUGAACUAAACAUUGCGAAUAAUCGCUUUCAGUUCAUUCCCAACUGUGUAUACGAGUUGCAAGGUCUGGAGAUUCUCAUUGCCAGUGAGAACCACAUCAAAAUGUUAAAUGUUUCGGGUUUAAAAACCAUGCCUCGCUUGAGUACAUUGGAUUUGCGUAAUAAUGAUAUUGAUAGUGUACCGCCAAUAUUGGGAAAUUUAACCAACAUAACCCACUUGGAACUGGUUGGCAAUCCCUUUCGUCAGCCCCGCCAUCAGAUCCUGAUGAAGGGCACGGAUGCUAUCAUGUCCUAUUUACGAGAUCGUAUACCCACAUAGAAGAGCAAUCUACACAGUUUUUUAGAAACACUUCACUAGCAAUAUGUUUAUUUUGACAAAAAGCUUAAUGGAAAUUAAUAGAUACACUCGACCAUGCCCACACACAACCCACUAUCGUUUCUGGGUUGGUUGUGUGUGGACAAGGACGAGUAGUGACCAGACAAGUACAACAUAAGGUCACAUCCACCAACUGAACUAGUCGCAAUACCUAACACAUUGUUAAUUCUGGCUGAGCAUCUGCAAUAAAUGGGAAUAGAAAAUAA